AUGGCAUGCGCGCUCGGCUUCUUCAGCCUCCUCUCACUCCUCACGGCCAGCACGCCGCCGCUGGCCACCGAGUUGUUUGUCGACCGCAAGCGCGGCGUCUCCAUCUCUGCGUCCGUGUCGUACAGCGCCGACGAGCCAGUGAACACUCGCACCCGCCGCGUCUCGGUUGCUGCCUCGGUCUCGUACAACGCGGAUGACGCGUCCACGCGCGCCCGCCGGGUCUCGGUCGCCGCCUCCGUCUCGACGGGCGCCCACACCACGACCGAGUCGACGUUUGAGCUCGGGCCGGAGGAUGCGGUGCCAUCGUCCAAGCACGCCAACAUGCCUUGCGCGACGUGCCAGCACGUACCGGUCGUCUACAUGCUGCCGAUCGUGCUGCCGUGCGCGUGCCACACGUACGUCGGCCCGCAGAUUCUUCCGCCGACGUGCUGCGUGCACUUUCCGCACUGCGACUGCGCCUCGACGGUGCCACGCAAGUUGCAUCAACUGCCAUCGUCUCCGAUGGCGGCCAUGUCAGUGCCGCCCGAGUACCUCUCCCGCCGCCUCGAAGACUACCCGAUGGCGAUUCCGACAGACAAAGCGGUAUACGAGAAGACCGACGUCUUCAAGCCGACGCCGCUCACCGUCCCCGAGCUCAUUCCGCUGCCGUCGGCAGCGCCAACCGAGCCGAGUGCGACGCGACCGCGCCGCGACCGGAGCUUGUUCCGCGCGCGGCUCUGGAUCGGCAAGGCGUUCGAACACGAAGACGGCUGCGACGACGCCGUGUACGUCAUGCGUGUCGACUGCCGCACCGCGGAUGACGCGAACGUGCUCUCGCCCACGAGCAUGUGGGACGUGACGGUCACGUACCAAGAGUUUGAGCGCCUCUACCAAGCGCUCAUUGACGAAGUCGACGGCGAGCCGGUUGCGAUUCCGGCGCUCGAGCUCUCGACGCUGGACGAAGAGGACCUGUGGCACCGCCGCCGCACCGCGCUGCAGACUUUUGUCGACGCGCUCACGUCCAACAAGCGUCUCGCGAACGCCGACUGUCUGCGCAAAUUGUGCCAAAUGUGGUAA